GGACUUGAAGAUCGAAAUUCGGAAAAUCGAAGGCACGUCCUCGUCAUGACACGAUUCCUGCCGUGGCGUCAUUGCUUAGUUUGCCUCGCGUUGUGGGCCGUGGGAGAUGGGAUGGCCAACCAACCUGACCCCCCUCGUGCGAGGAAGGUAUACGUGAUCACUCAAGAAGACACAUCGUUCGUGGAGCUGCUAGUCGCUGCAUUCGCUCGGCUAGGCCUAGCGCCACUUCAAGUCGACGGCGUCGACACGCAUUCGUGGGAGCUAGCAGCUGCACAUGCGGACGAAUUUGACCUGCUUUGGUCCGUAACACCACUGUCGCCCGCACAACUGGGCAAACUAAGUCACCGUCACAAAGUGAACCAGUUGCCUGGACACGACCUCGUGGUUUCGCCUGCGAAGCGCUACGGUCGGUACAUUACACUCCAAGGGGACCACGGCCGAUACGAGUUCAACUUCAUGCCUCCCGAGUUCUACUUUCCUCGACACAAAGGAGCGUUUGUCAAGGCAUUCGAAGCCAUGCGCGGCAUGGCCCGCUUCAGCGACCGCGUCAACGCCGACCCCCAUUUCAAGCGCCGGUGGCUUGUCACUAAGACGGCGCCGUCCGCCGACCCAUCCACGGCCGCCGUUACCAUUCUCACAGACCCAGCGCAGCUCGAGGCGACUCCUGACCAACAGCUUCGCAUCGUGCACGUCGUCGAGCCCAUGUUGUUCUCUGGCCACAAAGCGCAUGUCGGCGUGUUCGUGGUCGUGUCGUCUAUCGAUCCGUUGCGCAUUUACAUUUACCACAACGUGCUCUUGCGCAUGAGCGUACAGAAGUACCCCGCAGCGCUGGACUCGUCCUCUCCGCGCGAGUCGUUCGAAGUGUCUGACACGUCGUGGCUGCCGCCGUGGGAAGUGGACGAUUUGAAGGCGCAUUACACCGAGCUCCCGUCGACCCAGUCCGAAGGCACGAGCCACUUGAAGGUCCUGCUCAGGCAUUUGGAGCACGUGGGCGUCGACGUGGCCAAGUUCCACAAAGACGUGUAUAGCAACGUCGUGAAAACCAUCGCCGCCUCCCGAGGUCACUUUGCCAAGCAAGCUCGCCAAGCCAGCCCCCAGCCAUCCAUCGACAGCUUUUUCCAACUGUUUCGAUUUGACAUGGAAAUAGACGACUUUGGCAAGCCGUGGGUCGUAAGUGUUCAAGCGCAGCCGUCCCUGAAGCCACAACACUUUGGGUCGGGCUCGACGGGGGGACUCUUCUCUGCCCUAACCACCGACUUGGUUCGGUUGGUGGGCGUCUUGGCCCCUCGAGAUAAGACCUCUGCCCAACUCGUUGUUCAAGCCGACCCCACCCACUGCGCCACCCACUGCGACGAUCGAUUGCGAGUGUGGGACAUGACAUGCUGGCGAUGCCCUGGUUGGUUUACGCCGCCAGUAGCCACUUCGUUGCACUCGUCGGCGACAGAAUACGCCAGACGCGGCCGCUUUCACUUGGCCUUUCCCACAACCCAAGGCGACUACGCCGAGGUCGUCGAUGGCGGGCUGAGCCCAUCGGACAAUGCAUUUCACGCUUAUUUAACCUCGUUCGUGGUGGACGGAAGACGUGGCGGGGAUGCCGCUCCGUGGGAUCCGUCGAUUCUGUGUGUGAACCGCGAGCAGUGCAGCCAUCACGGCAACUGCAUCAACGGCCGAUGUCUGUGUGAUACGGGAUACGAAGGCCACACAUGCUACCUUCCGUUCGAUCCAACGUAUACGAUGCUGCCAAGUCGAAGUAUUCGUGUCGUGGCGAACGAUAUAGCACCUGAACAACGACUUGACAAAGUCUUGUCCUCAACGCACUGGGGACUAGUGGUGGCGGGGCUGGCGUUGGCAUGCUAUGGAGGCUACCGCAUGGCUUUGCACGUCAUGAUGACAAGUGAUCAAUCAGACAAGGACAACUAGGAGAGGAAACUUGGAGCACACACACCCCGACGGUGAUUCCAGUAUUACUCCGGAGUACUCUACCACAAGCCUCGUCGAGCACGAAUAGUAUAUAUAUAUAUAUAUAUUAUA